AUGUCCGCAAACGCCAACCUGAUCACGCUCUCGUCCCUCAAAUACGUCCACCCCACGACGCUGAGUACCCUCCUGCUAGAUCCCACAGAGAAGGCCAAGAUCGCCAUAAUAGACGUCCGUGACUCGGACCACAUUGGCGGCAACAUCAAGGGCAGCACCUGGGUGCCCCUGCACCAACUGGAAGUGAGAAUGCCCGAACUAGUACGGACGCUGAAAGACAAGGAAAAAGUCAUCUUCCACUGUAUGUUGAGUCAACAGAGAGGGCCAAAGGCGGCCUUGGCGUACGCGAGGGCGAAGCAGAGGGCGGACGCUAAAGAGGCCCGUGAGCAGCAGCAGGCACAAUCGAAAGAAGAAGAGACGGGAAAAAACAAGGAGGAUCAGGACGAGGAGCAGAAGAAGGAUUCGGCGACGCCUUCGCAGGAGGUUUGCGUUCUUGAAGGAGGUUUCGGCUCCUGGCAAGCGCGUUUCGGCGAGGACCCCAGACUCACAGCAGAUUACCAGCCAGACAUCUGGUUCUGA